UGUACUUCUGCUUGGCGUUUGCGCCUCAGUUUAUAGUGCGAUAAUCACCCUGGCGUUCACUGUGUGUUCUAUUGAACGUACAAGUACAUAUCAGCAAAGGUGCGUUGGGACGCAGAAGAGGCACACUCUGAAAAGAAAAGAAAAAGCAACUGCUUUGGAUCAGCCUAUGCCGACUCAAUUGUAAACCGAGAGCAUGUACAUGUACGAGUAGCUAGGUAGUUGUCUUCAAAUAUAUUCCAUAUGAAUAUCUAUGCCUACCCCUAUACUCCACUAUGCGAAUUCAGCUUCAAUUCUCAUCCAAUUUGUCAGCGUCUCACAACGAUCUCAAAGGGGACAGUUCCGAUUCGAAUGGAUACACGAGCAAAUCACCAUCACCGCCAGCGUUUAAGAACAUCCUGUCGCCGAGGUCGAAUAGCCAUCAUGAACCCAAUCCAUCGCACUCGCCCAUAUUCCACAGACACCAUCCACGCGAGAACGACAAUGCAUCAGCACGAUGUGAUGCCACACAAAGAACGCACAUGGCCACGGAUACAACAACGGACAAAACUAAGGCCAAAACAAGUUUACAACAACCACAAGCCUUCAGUAAAACGAAACGCCGUAGAAGUAAAAGCAGUUGCAUUCUUUUGAAUAACUCGGGGCGGACGAUUAGUACUAGUCAGUUGCCAACAGCAUCGUCUGCACGGGCCCCACGGUUCAAUCGGAUGGCCCCUUCAUUGCAAUUUGAGCAUAAGAACCGAACCUCUCUUGACGCACAGUCGGCCGUACCAGCGAUCGAGAAAGAUGCUGCCAACUCUCCUAAAGAGACGGUUGCGAAUGCGACGAGAAGCGAAGGGAAUAGUGGAAACGAACCCAAUUACAAAGUGUUGCGGGCAAUACAGAAUGGGAUCACAUCCACGGUGUUUCAGGCGAUUGAGAUGAGCACAGGGCGAAUGGUGGCCAUCAAGCGAUUGGCCAAAUCGCCACACAACCUCAGGCUGGUGCAGACAGAAGCUAGGAUUGCACAUGCGUUGCAGGAUCAUAAGAACAUAGUUAAACUCUACGAAGUCGUGGAGACACCCUCACACUACCUCUUAAUACAGGAGUACCUGCCCAGCGGGGAUCUGUUUGAGUACAUCGUCGAUGUGGAUGGGAAAGAUUUGUCAGAGAAGGCGUGCCUGCGUAUAUUCAAGCAAGUUGUCAGUGCACUCUCCUACAUGCACACGAAGGGCUGGUGUCACAGGGAUGUCAAGUUGGAGAACGUUGUCUUAGGGGAUGACGGGAUCGCCAAGUUAUGUGACUUCGGCUUCAGCUGUGCAGUGCAUGACACAUCGGCAACCACCCCAGGGACUGUGGAGUACACAUGUCCCGAACUUCUUUCUGGACUGUCUAAUGUGGAUCUCCGUAAGGCUGAUGUGUGGAGUGCAGGCAUCCUGCUGUUUGCCUUACUGACCUGUGAAAUGGAGUACGAGUUCCCCUGGCCCAGGGCUGCCAACACCUGUGCCGAGUUUCUAAAGUACCGGACUGGCGAUGUAGACUCAUUGCCCUGGAACACAUUCUCGCCGCUGGUGCGGGUGCUGCUGAGUUACUUGCUGGAGAUAGACCCACAUAAGAGGUAUAGUAUGGACGAAUGUCUCGCAUUCGUAUGUGAGUACUGGCCUGAUCUCGAGGAGGAUGUAGACGCAAUGGACGAAGGCCAAGAACACGAGCGGGAUGGUCAAGUGCUUUCAUUGCAGACACUAAAACACAAUAUGCUUAGCGACAAAACACGAGUAUGAUUGAUUGAUAUCGGGUAAACUCCGUCGACCUAAAAGUCAGCGGGGGGCUCUGGAAUAUUGCUCUGCACAUCAAGGAAUAUGCAGUAGAAGGCCAGAGCGGUCUUAAGUUUGCUUUAUUUGGAGUUCAUAGAAGUAUGCGUCGUCAUAUAUACGACAAAAAAAUAUACUUGUAUAACUUUACCUUAACUGCUAAGUGCAUUCCGACAGGAAUAUCCAAUAUCUGCUACACUAUUAGUGCGUGCCGCUAGGCAAUGUUGCUGAGGGAUGCUGGGAAAACAACGUACAAUAUAAAUAAACACAAAACAAUGCUUUGCUACACAU